CUCCUAGGUGAUCCAUUUCUAGGCAACGUGCUGGAGCUGCCAGCUCUCUCUGCAUCCCACCAGCAAAGCAAGCUCUAAGCCAUCCUGCGGACCAUCAGCUGCUUCCCUCUGCUUUGCUCCAGGCACUGCUGCUCUGCCUCCUGCCCUGUCCAACCACUACCUUGCGCGACAGACACAGCACGCUGGGCUUGAUUUGCAGAUUUCUCCACCAGUUGUGGGAAGCAAUUUCUAAGCAGGGGGUGGGGGGAAAUCUCUGCAUUACUAUCUGCAUUACCUUGAAGUUCACUUUGUUUUUUGGCCUAGGGGGGGCUUUUCCUGCAGGAAUCUGGCUUCUAGAACCGGGAUCUCCUAUUUACUUGAUUCUCCGCUCCGCCUUCUUCCUUACUGAAGGCGAGUUAUUUGCUGCGGGCUCCCGGGGUUUGGGGCUCUCGGGCCAAGAGGGUUUUGUGUGUGUGUGUGUGUAUGUAUGUGUGUGUGCGCGCGCGCGGUGUGUGUGUGUGUGGUGGGUUGGAAGUUGUUGUGCAGGAGCCGGGACUGAGCCGAUCCCUGGACCCUGCGGAAGGAUGGAGAUGGUCUGACGAAGAGGCGCCUGCUGCCCAGAGAAGCAAUCGGGCUGGAUGGAUUCGCUGCCCGAACUAACAGCAGCGGUGGUCGCUAUGCCCGGAAGCCCCCCGAAGUAACGCGGGGUUCUUGCAAAGGAGAGGGGCGCCCCAAACCCUGGGCUCUCCCCAGAGCCAUCAGCUACUGUACACAGGCAAUCGGGAUUUAAACAGUGUUCCGGCAUCUCCAACUCUUGGGCUUGCUGCGCUGUCCUUCAUUAUCCUCCUUGUAAGAAGAGAUCUGACGCUCUUUAAAAGCAAAAAAACCCUAAACCCCAGGAGGACAUGGAAGUUUUCUCUCUCAUCUUGGUUGUGUCCGUCUGGUGGACUCGAACCUGGGAAGCGGCGAUUGCAGAUUCAAUCAUACAUAUAGGGGCGAUUUUUGAUGAAUCUGCCAAAAAGGAUGAGGAGGUGUUUCGUAUGGCAGUUGCUGACCUCAACCAGAAUGAUGAAAUCUUACAGACAGAGAAAAUCACAUGUUCUGUGACAUUUGUGGAUGGCAACAACCCAUUUCAGGCAGUUCAAGAAGCAUGCGACCUUAUGAACCAAGGCAUCCUGGCCCUUGUCAGCUCCAUUGGCUGUACGUCGGCGGGAUCCCUGCAGUCCUUGGCAGAUGCCAUGCACAUCCCUCACCUCUUCAUCCAGCGUUCAACAGCUGGGACUCCAAGAAGUGGCUGUGGCCUCACCAGGAGCAAUCGAAAUGAUGACUACACACUGUCUGUCCGCCCACCCGUCUAUGUAAAUGAUGUUAUAUUGAGGGUGGUCACGGAAUACGCCUGGCAGAAAUUCAUUAUUUUCUAUGAUAACGAGUAUGAUAUCCGUGGAAUACAAGAAUUUUUGGACAAAGUAUCUCAGCAGGGAAUGGAUGUAGCACUGCAGAAGGUAGAGAAUAACAUCAAUAAAAUGAUCACAGGGCUCUUUGCCACCAUGCGAAUAGAAGAACUGAACCGCUACCGGGACACUCUGAGACGGGCCAUUCUUGUAAUGAACGCAUCGACAGCCAAGUCCUUCAUUACAGAGGUUGUGGAGACUAAUUUGGUUGCUUUUGACUGUCACUGGAUCAUUAUAAAUGAGGAAAUAAAUGAUGUGGAUGUGCAGGAGCUAGUGAGAAGGUCAAUUGGAAGGUUAACAAUUAUUCGACAGACAUUUCCAGUCCCACAGAACAGCAGUCAACGCUGUUUCCGUGGCAACCACAGAAUAUCUUCAUCACUGUGUGAUCCGAAGGACCCUUUCUCCCAGAACAUGGAGAUUUCGAACCUCUACAUAUAUGACACUGUGCUUUUGUUGGCUAAUGCUUUUCAUAAGAAGCUAGAGGACCGGAAGUGGCACAGCAUGGCUAGCCUGACUUGUAUCAGAAAGAAUUCCAAACCUUGGCAAGGAGGGCGAUCCAUGCUGGAUACCAUCAAGAAGGGUGGAGUGAAUGGCUUGACUGGAGAACUGGAAUUUGCAGAAAAUGGGGGGAAUCCGAAUGUCCAUUUUGAAAUUCUAGGGACCAAUUAUGGAGAAGAUCUUGGCAGAGGCAUCCGCAAGCUUGGCUGCUGGAAUCCUCUCACUGGUCUGAAUGGGUCACUAACAGACAGAAAACUGGAGAAUAACAUGCGUGGGGUGGUUCUGCGUGUGGUGACUGUGCUGGAGGAGCCAUUUGUGAUGGUGUCCGAAAAUGUUUUGGGAAAACCGAAGAAAUACCAGGGUUUCUCAGUAGAUGUCUUGGAAGCCUUAGCUAAUUACCUUGGCUUUAAAUAUGAAAUUUAUGUUGCACCAGAUCACAAGUAUGGAAGCCCCCAGGAGGAUGGGUCAUGGAAUGGACUGAUCGGAGAACUAGUAUUUAAGAGAGCCGACAUAGGGAUUUCUGCUUUAACCAUUACCCCUGAUCGAGAAAAUGUGGUCGAUUUCACAACCCGUUACAUGGACUACUCAGUGGGUGUGCUGCUUCGAAAGGCUGAGAAGACCGUGGACAUGUUUGCCUGUUUGGCACCAUUUGACCUCUCCCUGUGGGCCUGCAUAGCUGGCACUGUGCUUCUGGUAGGACUUCUGGUCUACCUUUUGAACUGGCUCAACCCACCACGCCUGCAGAUGGGAUCAAUGACUUCUACAACACUGUACAACUCCAUGUGGUUCGUUUAUGGAUCCUUUGUGCAGCAAGGAGGAGAAGUUCCUUAUACGACACUGGCAACACGAAUGAUGAUGGGUGCCUGGUGGCUUUUUGCUUUGAUUGUCAUCUCAUCUUACACAGCAAACCUAGCAGCUUUUCUCACAAUCACUCGCAUUGAGAACUCCAUCCAGUCUCUCCAGGAUCUCUCCAGGCAGACGGAUAUUCCUUAUGGCACUGUCUUGGACUCUGCAGUCUAUGAGCAUGUUCGAGUGAAGGGGAUGAAUCCUUUUGAGAGGGACAGCAUGUAUUCUCAAAUGUGGCGGAUGAUUAACAGAAGUAACGGCUCAGAGAAUAAUGUGCUGGAGUCACCAGCAGGCAUUCAGAAGGUGAAAUAUGGGAACUACGCCUUUGUGUGGGAUGCAGCAGUUCUGGAAUACGUGGCCAUCAAUGACCCAGACUGCUCCUUUUACACAGUUGGGAACACUGUCGCAGACAGGGGAUAUGGAAUUGCACUCCAGCAUGGCAGCCCCUACAGAGACGUCUUCUCGCAAAGGAUUUUAGAACUUCAGCAAAAUGGAGACAUGGAUAUACUGAAGCAUAAGUGGUGGCCAAAGAAUGGUCAGUGUGACCUAUACUCAUCAGUGGAUACCAAACAGAAAGGAGGUGCCCUGGACAUAAAGAGCUUUGCAGGGGUGUUUUGUAUCCUGGCUGCUGGGAUUGUCCUCUCCUGUUUCAUUGCAAUGCUGGAAACAUGGUGGAAUAAAAGGAAAGGCUCCCGGGUUCCAUCAAAAGAGGAUGACAAGGAAAUUGACCUGGAACAUCUUCAUAGACGUGUUAACAGCCUCUGCACAGAUGACGACAGUCCCCAUAAACAGUUUUCCACCUCAUCAAUUGAUCUGACCCCACUGGACAUUGACACUUUGCCCACACGCCAAGCACUGGAGCAAAUCAGUGACUUCAGGAACACUCAUAUCACUACAACAACCUUCAUACCAGAACAGAUCCAGACUCUUAGCCGUACGCUGUCGGCUAAAGCCGCUUCUGGUUUCUCCUUUGGCAACAUGCCUGAGCACCGAACUGGCCCUUUUAGGCACAGGGCACCUAACGGGGGCUUUUUCAGAAGUCCUAUCAAAACAAUGUCAUCUAUCCCAUACCAACCAACUCCUACUCUGGGGCUCAAUAUCGGUAAUGACCCAGACCGAGGCACCUCCAUAUGAGCUUCAGACCAAGUUUCUUCAUUGUUUCUUUUUAGGACUCCCUUUGCAAGGAGCAGCUGUAAUAUUAUGGGACUAACAUGGAUGUAACUUUUUAAAAAAAAAAUCAGGAUUCUUAGUAACAACUCACUAUUUCUCUUUCUGUCCCCUGCUUUCUCUGUCUCCUCCUCUCUCUUCUCGUCACCUGUUUCUUUAAAAAAAAAAAAAAAGAAAUCCCACUAGUUUUAUAUUAGUACACUUUUCAUAUACUUUAAGUAUAGGAAAUGUGCACUGAAUAUGCAUAAAAGAUAGAGGGUUAUUUCACAGAAGGGCGUUUGUAUCUCCCCUCUUUCUCCAUGUUUUAUAUAAUUGCAAUAACUUCAGUCCUUUACAUUUGUUCUGCUGCAUCCAUUCAGUGCUCCGCUGCUGUUGUGUGUCCUUUUAACUGUGGACCAAAGGCAAACCCUGCAGUAAAAGAAAAA